AAUAAACUUGACAUUAUUCCAAAUCAAUAGAAAAGCCAACCUUGUAGCAUAGCAUAACGACGUUCACAUUCUGACACAAACGAAAUAGGCGGUAACCAUUUCCAGAUGGGUCCUUAGGCGAGACCAAUGAGCGGAGUCCCUUCACUCCAAUCGACCAGGACCCGACCCAACGUCCCAGUCUCGAAGCAGAAAGCCUCAAGCUUGUGUUCACCGAUCAUUCGCAGCUUGCCUUUCCAGCUGUUUACUUCUCUUUUUUCUUAAUACCGUCCCCGCCCCUUCAAUCAGCUAUUCGCCAUGGAUGAGAUUGCCCCCGAGUACGAUGUCGUUGUUCUGGGAACAGGUUUGACGGAAUGUGUGCUCUCUGGUGUAUUGAGUGUGAAGGGCAAGAAGGUCCUGCACAUUGACCGAAAUGACCACUAUGGAGGUGAAGCGGCUUCAGUCAACAUCGAGACUCUUUUCAAGAAAUAUGGCAACUAUAACAAGGGGGAGGAGCCAUGGAAGAAGUACGGCCGCGUCAACGACUGGAACAUUGACCUCGUGCCCAAGCUCCUUAUGUCCAGCGGAGAGUUGACCAAUAUCCUCGUCUCCACCGACGUCACCAGAUAUCUUGAGUUCAGACAGGUAGCAGGAAGCUAUGUGCAACAAUACUCUGGAGCCAAAGCCACUGUUGCGAAGGUCCCCUCAGAUGCCGGUGAAGCCCUCCGGUCUUCGUUGAUGGGUCUUUUCGAGAAGAGACGGAUGAAGAGCUUCAUUGAGUGGAUUGGUACAUUCAAGGAGUCGGAUUCUGCUAGUCACAAGGGUCUCAACAUCAACACAUGCACAAUGAAGGAUGUAUACGACAAGUUUGGCCUCGAGGCGGGAACUCGAGACUUCAUCGGGCACGCCAUGGCGCUCUACCAAACCGAUGCCUACCUCAACGAGAAGGGCCGCGCCCCAGAAGCCAUCGAGCGAAUCCGCCUAUACGGAAACUCCGUCUCCCGCUACGGCAAAUCACCUUACAUCUACCCACUCUACGGUCUCGGCGAGCUGCCUCAGGGAUUCGCUCGUCUGUCUGCCAUCUAUGGAGGAACAUACAUGCUCAAUACCAACAUCGACGAGGUCAUCUACGAUGGCAACAAGGCUAUUGGUAUCAAGGCUACGAUGCAAGACCGUGGGGGAGAGGAGCCCAUGAAGUUUGAGACAAAGGCGAAGAAGAUCCUCGCGGAUCCUUCGUACUUCCCUGGCAAGGUUCAGGUUACAGGUCAUGUCUUGAAGGCUAUCUGUAUCUUGAACCAUCCGCUUGCGGGAACAGACAACAGUGAUUCUUGCCAGUUGAUCAUUCCUCAAUCGCAAGUCGGACGAAAGAAUGAUAUCUACAUCGCAGUCGUCUCAUCUGCACACAGCGUUUGCCCCAAGGGAUACUACAUUGCUAUCGUCUCCACUAUCGCCGAGACAAACGCCAACCACCACCUCGAGCUCGCCCCAGGCUUUGAGCGUCUCGGCAAGAUCGAGGAGAAGUUCAUGGUAAGAAUUCCUUACCCUUCUCUUUCCCCUCUUGCCCUUUUCAAACCGCACACUCCCCAUUCCCCUCCCUCCUACCAAACAAGAAACCACACACACACAAACUAACGCACCAACCAGGGUCCACCAAUCCCACUUUACGAGCCCCUCGAGAGCGGCGUCAACGACAACAUCUUCAUCUCCAAGAGCUACGACGCGACCAGCCACUUCGAGACCACCACCGAUGAUGUCAGGGAUAUCUACCGUCGGGUCGAGGGCCAUGAUUUGGUUGUUGAGGGCUUGAGAGAGGGGACGAAUUUGGUUGGUGAUGAUAACUAGAUCUUUUAGAUGGGGAUGAGAAGAAGUGAUGGGGUGAGAGGUCGCAAUUGGUGGGGGAAAGGAGAUGGGAGAGAGGAGGGAAAUGGGAGAGGGGGGGAGAGGGCGGAAGUACAUAGAUUGUGACAUAUUUUCGGAUGGUUGACUGACUGACUGGGGCGGGGAGUGACGGUGAGGGAAGAAUGGGAGAAUGGAUGGGCAUUAUACUCCGUAGCGUUGAUUGAGAAAUGAUGACAGUGAUUUGGACUGCUAGUUCUUCCACUUAUUAAUUGCC